AUGGGUGUUUUCCGCGGAGUUUCACCAACUACUGCCACUUUGACAAUGCAAGCUGAAUUUGGUGAUGUCUAUCAGUAUUGGAUUGGACCCUUGCGAAUGAUCGGUGUAUGUAAUGUUGAAGAUAUACAAUAUAUCUUUACUCAUCAACACAUUUAUGAACAAAGUCCUACACAUAUGGGCCGUUUCAGUGUUGUCCUUCCAGAUGCACUUGUGUCCAUUACAGGAGUCAAGUACAAGCGUCAUGCAACUAUUGUUCUUCCUCUCUUUCGUGGUGCCAAAAUCUUGAGUAAUUUGAAUAUAAUCUAUGAAUGUACAGACAAAUUGCUCGAUGUAUGGCAUUCGAAAGCAGAUGAUCCCAACUAUAUUCAUCUCGAUAUAGUCAAAGAUUGUCAAAAUUUAUUACUAGAAAUAUUUGGUUAUAUUGGUUUUGAUUAUGAUUUACAAAUGUUAGGCGAUGAUGAUAGUGCUCAAAAUAAUAGACUUAGAAAGUCUUUAAAAGACUAUUUGGAUAUUGUUGCACUGGCGCUACUUUUGCCAUCCACGAUCGCCAGAAUUUAUUUGAAAUUUAAUUCUCGAUAUUGUCAAGCAUUGAAUGUUAUCCGUGAGUAUUCUGAUCGAAUAAUUGAGCAAGAACAAAGCAAGGGAUUAUAA